UAAUUCAAUUAAUAUAAAAUAAUCUAUGCAUUCUGUUGCAAAUGACGUCCUCUGAUUGACUACGCUACUCACUAUCUUUUCUGUGUUUGUUGUCUGUGUUAACCGGUGUCUUUAUUAGGGGGUAAAUUUUAGAGAAAAUAUAUAUUAUUAUAAGCUUUUUGUCGGGACAAACAAAACUGUCCGUUAUAUAAGGGUGUCAGUAUUAAGCGGGUGUCCGUAGAGCAGGUUAGCAAGUUGCAAAAUAAUUACUUGCAUGAUGCAUAGUGAACUGGGAUAUGCUGUGGGCACUAACAUGUAGAACUUGAGAAGACUUGUUUUUUAAUCUUUAAUCUGGCUAAUGGUGUUCUAAGCAGAAAUUUGUGAAAUCAAAUUUUAUUUUAUUUGUACUACAAGGCUGAAUUUGCUACAUGUAAGUUUGUCAAAACAUUGCAUGUGUGUGUGGUUUUCAGGUCAUUGCAUCAGAUGUUAAUCAAGAUGGUUUGUUUGAAAUUCUGGCAAUAGACAACAGCGGGAAUAUUGCUUGUAAGAGCCUUAAAGGGAAAAUGGUGUGGGAGGCUACAGUUUCUAGUUCAAGUGCUGCAGGGAUCCGUGUAGCUGAUGUGGAUGGAGAUGGUUUCAUGGAAGCUGUUGUUGCUACAUUUGAUGGGUAUGUGUGGGUUCUUGAAGGAGAUACAGGGAAGGUGUUGGAGGGGUGGCCUGUCAAGCUACCAAGGGAGGUACUAGCAACUGUACUGGUCACUAAACUUGUCCCUGGAGAAAGCAGUGCAUCAGAUAUUGUUAUUCCCCUUGUUGACGGCCAGAUUGCAAUCAUCCGAGGUAGUGACCGCUGUACAGAGCUCAUCAAUGUUGGUAAGACUGUGCUAUCUGGGGCUGUUAGUGCUGACUUGUUGCCAGGGCGACCAGGUCUGGAGCUGAUAUUGGGUGCCGAUGAUGGAACCCUGCUGUGUUUGGCGAAUGCACCAAACACAGUUACACAUAGUCUUCCUGCAGAUAUGAAUGAACUAUUUUCCUGGCCAGCAGAGAAUGUACCCUGCAGUGGAACAACAUUUUUCUCUGGAAAGGUCGGAGUGAGGUUCACUCCAAACUCUCAGCAAAACACCGAGAUAAGUGGGAGAUCCUUUCCUGUGGAGUUCGAAAUUAAAGAUGAGCAGCCACAAGACGUAAAAGGAAAAGUUUACAACAUCAAGAUUAUCAUUGGAAAGCAGAUCAUGGUUUUUAAGAAGAGCUACAAGUCUCCUGGAAUAUACACUGAACAAGUCAUAGUACCAUCACAGCCCUGCAGAGCUGCUGUGUCAUUACAACUCACCACUGAACAUGGACAGUGUUUCCACAGCUCUCUGCAUGUAAGUUUUAACCUGCACUUCAAAGACGACUUGGCGUGGCUACUGCUGGUGCCAUUUAUAACAACUGGAUGUCUUCUGCUGGUUCUUCAUGGCUGGACACAACUAGAUGCAGAUAUACUACCAACAAUAAUGACCAAGAGAAAGAGAUAGCACUCAACAUCAAACAAACAAACAUGGAUGAACACAACUGAGUGCAGAUAUCCUGCCAACAAUAAUGACAAGAGAAAGACAUAGCACUUAACAUCAAACAAACAAACAUGUAUGAACACAACUGAGUGCUGAUAUCCCUUCCUGCCAAUAAUAAUGACCAAGAGAAAGACAUAGCACUCAACAUCAAACAAACAAACGUGGAUGAACACAACUGAGUGCAGAUAUCCUGCCAACAAUAAUGACAAGAGAAAGAGUUCGCCAGCUCUGAUUACGCGAUUAUCAGUUGUUUCCUGCGUUUCGAGUCCAAUUUUACAAUAACAACUUUUCCAAGCUGAAAAUGAUGACGAGGGGGACACAGGUAGUCAAAACUACGUAAGGGGCUAAACGGCCGGUUACCUAUGAAGGAGGACGAAUGUGAAUUGAAGGUCGUAAACGAGGACUACUUAACUUGGAGAAGAUUUUUAAUAACAGCGAACCAGUAAUUGCCCGGGAUAAUAAUGGCGUGAUGCCAUUUCUGUCGCAAGCAGGAACGACAUUGAGAUAACUGACAGUGUACAAGGGCAGCACACGAUAAAGAUCAAGAACAAAGGAGAUCAAGCCUCGAUUACCAAAGCUAUUGACCAUGUUUCGCGUUUUCUCUUUUCAUUGCCUACUCGUUUACAUCUUUUACUGGAAUCAUUAUCUGAAUGCCGCGUAGAUUAACAUGUCGUGAUAGCUGCCUGACUGAUAAUUGAAACAAAAGGUGAAAAAGAGAUGCACCGUAAUUUGUAUUCAAUUGAUCCAUUUCAGAAGUUGUCUUGUUAGAAAUUAUUUAUUCAUUUAUUUAAACAAGAGAAAAAUAAAACAGCUGAAUUUGGAUCAAGGAA